AGACUCGAGAUUCACAACCAGAGUCAUAUUUCUUCCUUCCAGUAAUUCGAUCGCCAUUCACCCUUCUUCCACCACAUCCUGGUACGAUCACACCUUCGUUCUCGCCCGCUCGAACUUCUUCCAUCUUCAUCAAAUAUUCCUCAAGCGGAAAUCAGGCACUCUCGGCCGGUAAAUCAGUGAAGGAAACUGGCAUUGUUGUAUACUUGAGAUAGAUCGACCGCCCAUUUCAAAGAUCGACGGUUCAAGAUGGUUGUCCUUGCAGCGUCUAUAAUUACCAAAUCCGGGAAAGUGCUUGUUUCAAGGCAGUUUGUUGACAUGUCUCGAAUAAGAAUUGAGGGAUACCUUUCUGCUUUCCCCAAAUUAGUUGGAACAGGAAAACAACACACAUAUGUUGAGACUGAAAAUGUGCGCUAUGUUUAUCAGACGAUGGAGGCUUUGUAUUUGCUGCUUGUGACUAACAAACAGAGCAACAUUCUAGAUGACUUGGACACCCUCAGACUGCUCUCCAAACUUGUUCCUGAAUAUUGUUAUUCACUAGAUGAGGAGGGUAUUUGUAAAACAGCAUUUGAGCACAUUUUUGCAUUUGAUGAGGUUGUUUCCCUGGGUUAUAAAGAGAAUGUUACGGUUGCACAAGUUAAACAGUAUUGUGAAAUGGAGAGCCAUGAGGAAAGAUUGCACAAGUUGGUGAUGCAGAGCAAGAUUAAUGAAACUAAGGACGUCAUGAAGCGCAAAGCCAAUGAAAUUGACAAAAGCAAGAUUGAGAAGAAUAGGGGCGAUAAAGGUGGUUUUAUGUCCCUUCAGUCAAUGGGAUCUGGAAGAAUUGAUGGUGGCUUUGGCAGUGAAACAAGCAUAGCUAAUACUGGGGGUGGUUUUGGGAGUGGCUUUGGGUUGAACACUGAUGUGGAUUCCUUUUCUACCAAAUCAAAGGGCCGCCCUUCAUCUGCAACAGCUCCCCCAAAAGCUCUUGGUAUGCAGCUAGGCAAAUCACAAAAGACCAACCAAUUUUUGGAAUCCCUAAAGGCUGAAGGUGAAGUUAUUGUUGAGGAUGUUAGACCUAGUACAGGUCAGUCUAAGACAACCAGCCUUCCGCCGACUGAUCCUGUCACAUUGACUGUGGAAGAAAAGCUUAAUGUAACACUAAAACGUGAUGGAGGAGUUAGCAACUUUGUCAUACAGGGCGCAUUGUCUCUCCAAAUUCUCAACCAAGAACACGGAUUUAUCCAAGUUCAGAUCGAGAAGAGUGGUAAUCCGUCUAUAAGUUUUAAGACACACCCUAAUGUCCACAAAGAAUUGUUUUCGAAUGAAAAUAUUCUAGGCCUCAAAGAUUCAAACAGGCCUUUUCCAACUGGACAACCUGGUGAUGGCGUAGGUCUCUUAAAAUGGAGAAUGGAGUCAACAAAUGAGGAUUUAUUGCCAUUGACAAUUAGCUGCUGGCCUGAAAUUUCCCAAAAGGAAACUAGUGUGAGCAUCGAGUAUGAAACUCCAGCAAACAUUGAUCUUCAAAACGUUAUAAUUUCUGUGCCCCUUCCAGCUAUGAGAGAUGCCCCAAAUGUAAAGCAGAUUGAUGGGGAUUGGAGGUACAACUCCAGGAACUCUGUUCUUGAAUGGUCUAUAGUUCUCAUUGAUAACUCAAACCGAAGUGGGUCCCUAGAGUUUUCUGUGCCUCCCGUGGAUCCAUCAAGCUUUUUCCCGAUAUCUGCUCGUUUUACUGCCUCAACAACUUUUAGCAACUUGAAGGUGACCGGCAUCUUGCCACUGCGGGGUGGGCCCGCACCGAAGUUUUCACAAAGAACUGUGUUGACAACUGAACAUUACCAAGUGGAGUAAGAGAGGGGUGUUUAUGACGGCUUCUAUACAUGUCGUCCUCUGUAAUAAUUUCAUUUGCUGAAUAUAUAUUCCCUCUGGUAACUUUUUCUUUUUGACAUAUAUGAGGUGAAUUCUCAAUAGUGGUCCUUCUUCUCUACCUUUUCUUCAAGGAUCAAACAUCACAAAUGAACCAAAGUUUCAUGUUGGACAUCUCCAUAGGUACUCCUUUAUAUUGGGAUUGUCUCAUUUCCAGUUAGCAUUUUUUUGUUCAUGGAAAUAAUUGAGUGAGAUUUAG